UUUCCAUUUAAUUUUGCUGCGUCAUUGCUAUAUCGCUACGAUUUACAUGUACGUCAUUUCCUUCCUCGCUUGUAUUUUGCAUAUUGCGACGAACUCUAUUUUUAUGACAAAUUUAUUAUCACUUUUCAUGAAGUCCUAAAGCUGAAAAAGACCAGUCUGGCCGAGCAAGAAGUUGUUACAUGAAAAAUAGACGUUGUGUGAAUCAGCAGUUGCAGUCAGUUCCAAAAUSAUACUUUUCAGUUUAAAGAGGAUCGAGACACUCGACCAAACCAUCACCAAACUCUACCCUUCUUUCCUCAUUCGUCCGUUGCGUGACUAUCAAAGGCUUGUGUCAGCGUUUUUGAACAAAUAUCUAUUGUCUGGAAUGAACUUCAAUCCAUCCAGCAAUAUGGCUACGUUUAGAGCGCUGGUGUGCCUUGCAAUUCUUUCAUGUUGCUCGGCUGCAAACUUUGUCAUGUUUCCCAUGUUUGGAAGAAGCCAUUAUAUGUUUUACACUAAGCUUGGUCAAGAACUGACUGAAAGAGGUCAUCAGGUAAAGAUAUAUGUAGGAGCAACGCAGAGUUACGCCGCAAAUGACUCAAUCGCCCGAGUUUACAACGACGACAAGAUCGCAGCAUUAUUCAGAAACCCACCCGAGGUCGUUUCGAGUAAUAUCAUGGCAGUGCCUGACAUAGAACAGUUGAGAUAUCUGUUGAUGUACCAGUCCUGUUACUGUGACGACUUGCUUAGCAACGCAGAGUUCAUGGAAGAAAUUAGGCAUGCAGAUCUUGUUGUUGGCGAGAUACUGUAUUUGUGUUCUGCAUUAGUUGCAGAUAAAUUUGACCUUCCACAUGUAAUCAUAUCUGCAACUAGCCUCUCCACACCCACCGGGCUUGGGUUCGGUUUACCCUCCCCUCCCUCCUAUGUGCCGCAAUGGGGUGCUUCUCUUACAAAAGAGUUGACAUUUGUGGACAGAGUGAAGAACGUGAUACAAUGGCUGUUAUUGUACGUGCAUUACAUCUACGAUUUAUGUCCGAUGUUCAACGAACUCAAGGUAAAGCAUGGCAUCACACCCAGCAAGAACAUAUAUGAAACGCUUGGGAGAGUUGAUUUGGUACUCGGUCAGAUGGAUUUCGUUUUAGAGGGCCACCCAAGACCUCUACUUCCUAACACUCGAGUGGUGGGUCCAUUCCUACCCAGUCCUCCCAAACCUCUACCAGAUGAGUUGGAUCAGUUCAUGCAGGAGGCUGGUGACGAAGGAGUGAUCUUGGUAUCCUUUGGUACGGUGGUGGGAGAACUCGAUGAAUCCUUACUGCAAAUGAUGACUGAAGCAUUUUCUAAACUGUCUCAGAAGAUUAUAUGGAAACUCACGCUGAAGGACGCAUCAAAGGUCUCAGCGAGUGAAAACGUGAAAGUUUUGUCAUGGUUACCGCAAAACGACAUUCUAGGCCAUCCCAAGACACGUCUAUUUAUAGCACACGCAGGGAUCAACGGGAUAUAUGAAUCUACGUACCACGGUGUCCCUAUGAUUUGUUCGCCGUUCUUUGGAGAUCAACCUGUUAACGCCCAAAUGGCAAAGCAAGCUGGGUUUGCUGAGGUACUGGACUUAAAGGCUACGUCAGCAGAAGAUUUUGUUAGUUUAAUUCACAAGGUGUUGACCCAACCCAGUUAUCGCGAGUCGGCGGAGCGGAUCUCAAAAUCCAUUCAGCGACUGCCGCGUCCGCCCAUCAAAGAAGCCGCUGACUGGGUGGAGUACACGCAGGCUCAAGGUGGUUUGCAGUAUCUCAGACCACGGGGCCUGGAUCUGCCGUUCUAUCAGCUCUAUCUGCUUGAUAUUUUGUUCUUGGCAUUUUUAGUCUUAGUAGUUGCUUUGUUUGUUGUCAGAUACUUGUUGAAAUCUGUAGUAAGUUGUUUGUCAAGAUCCUCAGAAAAGGAGAAGGCACACUAAAAACGAUGGAACACCCUAUUUUUUUCACUGAUAAUGUAACUAGACAGUCCUUUGAACUUUCUAGAACUUAGAAGAAUAGUUUUGAUUUUUAGACCCUGAGAAACAAAGAAAAAUUACGGGCAUACGUGCCUCAUUGUACUCAAUUAGUUUAGCCCAAUGACUAAACCUAAAUCUUCUUAGGACCGAUGCGACAAACUUACGACAGGCCCACGACAUGACUUAGGACCAUUUACACGCGCACGACAUUUUCACUUACAAAUUUCUAACAAACGGCAAACAAAUAUUUUAGUUCUCCUGCGCUUUGAAAAACCUUUCUAACAAGCUUUGCUUCAAUUUGUUCAGUACUUUUCGAGAAACGAGUCCAUGUCAAUCAGACAACAACAACUUCGUCCGCCAUUCUGACGCAAGAAAAACUUCACCCUCGUCCCCUACUCAGUAGAAAUUUGUCACAAAAUACGCCAUUUUCUAUCGAUUCCGGCUACGAAUGUCGCAGCGUUUUAAAACAUGUUUUAAAACCCUACGACAUUUUUUUGACCUACACACAACAGUCGUAAGCGAGUUGUGGGUUUGAUUUACAAGUAACAAUUCAUGUCGAAGGCCUGUCGUAAGCUUGUCGCAUGCGAGAAAGUCGUACCGUGUAAAUCGACCCCUAAAGUGGUCCAAACUUGAU